GAAUAUAAAUUAUGUCAGCUGAGAACACAACAACCGGAAAAAUAUAAAAUCCACAGCAACCGCUAUGAAGAGUUUAGUUGUAAAUUACUACAGUAGACGAGACAUAAGAGUUACUAGAGAUUGCAAGUUAUAACAAAAUGUGGAAAUUUAGCUUCACGACCAUAAUACUAACCGCUUUGCUGUCGGCGCGCUUGUGCAACGGCGAGUGCAAUGUUUGCAAUGACAACGGCGCUGCCUGCAUAACAAACACCACCUUCCAACUAUGCUUUAGCAACGUGGCACAGGGUGCCAUAUAUUCCUGCCCGAAUGCCGGCCAAGUUUGCACCAAUUUGGGUGCGAUUUGUCUCGAUUCCGCAAGCAGUACAAGUAUUCAAGCCGAUUGUGGCAACACAGAACAAUGUGGACUCUGCACUGGUGUUGCAGAUGGCAGUUACGCAUGCACCAGUCACACCACGUUUGUCAUGUGUCUAGGUGAAGAGCCAUCAAGCAUAACUGCCACCUGUCCCAGCGAUGAAGUUUGCUUAACUUCCCGUGCGAAUGAUGGAGUCAGUCCUUGCGCCAGUCAGUGUUUGACAAAUAUUGCGGAUAUGUGCGAUAUUAUAUCUCCGGAUGCUACAACUGUCACGCCCACAACGGUCACAACUGAGACGGCCAGUGCACAAACAACCUCGACUCCAACAACGAUAACUUCGGCACCUACAACUGAGAGUAGUUCCAGUACAGGCACAACUGAGACGGUCAGUACACAAACAACCUCGACUCCAACAACGAUAACUGCGGCACCUACAACUGAGAGUAGUUCCUCUACAGGCACAACUGAGACGGCCAGUACACAAACAACCUCGACUCCAACAACGAUAACUGCCGCCCCCACAACUGAGAGUAGUUCCAGUACAGGCACAACUGAGACGGCCAGUACACAAACAACCUCAACUGCAACAACGAUAACUGCCGCACCCACAACUGAGAGUAGUUCCAGUGCAGGCACGACUGAGACGGCCAGUACACAAACAACCUCAACUGCAACAACGAUAACUGCCGCACCCACAACUGAGAGUAGUUCCAGUGCAGACACGACUGAGCCGGCCAGUACACAAACAACCUCAACUGCAACAACGAUAACUGCGGCACCCACAACUGAGAGUAGUUCCAGUACAGGCACAACUGAGACGGCCAGUACACGAACAACCUCGACUGCAACAACGAGAACUGCCGCCCCCUCAACUGAGAGUAGUUCCAGUGCAGGCACAACUGAGAGGGUCAGUACACAAGCUACCUCGACUGCAACAACGAUAACUGCCGCUCCCACAACUGAGAGUAGUUCCAGUGCAGGGACGACUGCAAGUGCGGAGGAAACUGUGUGUAAUAGUCAAACUGCAGUAGGUCGCUACCCGAAUCCGAACGACGCCACAUGUCGAACUUAUAUCUACUGCAGUGUUCGUACAAGUGGUAGUUUGGUUGGUAUUCUGAUGACUUGCCCUGGCUCCACAUACUUUAAUUCAAGUACAAUUGAAUGCCAAGCUGCUCUGCCAACUGGUUGUACUACAUAGUUAUAAAUAUUCAAACAAUAUAAAGCUUUCAAAGGAAAAGGUCCGCAUGUAGAAAGUGUAAUUAAUAAGAAAAUUGAUCGUUUGUAAAUAAAUACAAAGUAUAGAAAUGUG